AACCUGUUUCCACUUUCUUUCUUAGAUUUUCUCAAACAGUUCCCCCAAGAUGCCACCAGGGAACAGUUUCUAUAUCAUUCAAGGAGAGAUGACUAUCAUCCUGACUGCUAUGAGGAGGACCUCCCGGUGGGGAUCUCAUAGCUAUCAGGAUUCAAGCCCAGAAGGCAUUCUCAAAGACUUUGCAGACCUCAAAGAUGUUAUGAAUCAUGUCAUGAACUUCUCUGACCUAGAUCCUAAUACCUAUUUAGCCCCAUUCCUGGAUGUGAUCAGAUCAGAAGAGAUCACUGGUCCUGUCACUGGAUUGGCAUUGUCAGCUGUCAACAAAUUCCUCUCUUAUGGUCUUAUAGAUGAAAAGAGUCCUACAGCAGCACCAGCUGUGGAAGCAAUUGCAGAUGCUGUCACCCAUGCCCGCUUUGUGGGAACAGACAAUGCCAGUGAUGAGGUUGUACUCAUGAAGAUUCUCCAGGUCUUGCGAACCCUAUUGCUAUCUCCAGUUGGGGCACUACUUACAAAUGAGAGUGUAUGUGAGAUAAUGCAGUCCUCCUUUCGAAUCUGCUUUGAAAUGAGGCUCUCUGAAUUGCUUCGUAAGGCAGCAGAACACAGCUUGAUGGACCUGGUCCAGCUCCUAUUCUCCCGGCUACGCUUGAUGUCUGAAGAGGACUGCUCUGGGGCUCAAACAAAGGCAGGGACCCUUUCAUGGAUUCAAAGUAUUGGGCAGGAACCUAAACUUAAAGUUUUCAAAAAGUUGCGGUUCAAGACAGGGAGCCUUGAGUCAAGGAAGAAGCAGAAGCAUAAACCAAAAAUGGAAAAGGAAAAGGAAUCACUACCUGUUACCAAGAUGCAGCGAGGAGUCUCACAGGUUCCUGAAGUAGUGAAGGCUGAUCAUCUGCCAGAAAUUCAAGCACGUCCCAGUCUCGUCAUUCCUAUUGUACAUGUGGAAUCUCCAUCUGAGGGAUCAGUGGACCCAGGUGAAGAGCAGCCAUUGAAGACUCCUGUUGAACGACUGGCACCUGUUGCUGCAUCUGCCAUCUUGUCCACAACUCCCAUGCCCCCUUCUGGGAAGAUCAUCCAUAUGGAUUUGGGUUCACCCCUUGACUCCAUUCAUGAAGACAUCGGGAAAGAUGAACAAAAGGAGGUGGAAGUGGAGAAAGCCUACUCAGAUUUGGAAGGUGAAACAGGGAUUCCUCUAGAUAGCAGUGUACAUGAAUCUGGAGUGACUGUCAGCUUCCCCCCAGAAGAAAAAAGGGAAUAUGUGAAUCAACAGGGAGUCCGUUUUACCCAUCACCUCCUGGAGAAACCAUCUGAGGAGAAUGCAGGAGAGGUGGCUUUGAUCCCUUAUGGGCUUCCAGCUCUGCGAGAGUUGCUCCAUUUCCUGUCAGCAUUGAUCAAUCCUCAUGAGAAGCAGCACACAGACCUCAUGAUCCACAUUUCCCUGAAUCUCCUGGCUGUGGCCUUGGAAGCUGGUGCACACCACUUCCAUCGUUUCCCUUCCAUGCUCACCCUUGUUCGGAAUGACAUGGCUCGCAACCUCAUAGAGGCAUCCACAGAGAGGCUGUCAAUGUUUGCAGCUACCCUUCGAGUGGGGUUCUUCCUCUUUGAAUCCCUUCGGGUUCACCUGAAGUUCCAGCUUGAAAAGUACCUCAUCCGGCUGAUGGGGGUAAUAGUUGCUGACACCCCACGUAUUCCCUACGAGCAACGGGAGGUAGCACUUGACAGCAUAGUGCAAUUGUGGAGAAUUCCAGGUCUGGUGACAGAGCUGUAUGUAAACUAUGACUGUGAUCUGAACUGCUCCAACUUGUUUGAGGAUCUCACCAAACUCCUUUCCAAAAAUGCAUUUCCUGUGACGGGACUGUACUCAACCCACUUGCUGUCUGUGGAUGCGCUGCUGACCGUGAUUGAUGCCAUUGAGCAUCACUGCAACUCCCGAAUGCUGGCUGAGCGUCAUCAGAUGGGGGCUACGACCUUGCAUUCCCCCAAUUCCCCUAUCCCCCCCCCACCUCUGCUAAGAGGUAGUCAACAAACUUCGGUGGAAGAAGCAGAUUAUCGACCUUCCUUCCCUGUAUCAGAAAACAUCCCCACUCAUGAGGAACUCAUGGCUGUCAAACACAAAAAGAAGCUGCUUGCUGUUGGAAGUGAACAGUUCAACAUCAAGGCGUCCAAGGGAAUCCAGUUCAUGCAGGAUAAUAUGCUCCUCAGCAACAUGCUUGAUCCAGAUGAGGUUGCCUUGUUUCUCAGAGACAACCAUCGUUUGGAUAAGAAAAUGAUUGGUGAAUACAUUUCAAACCGCAAAAAUUUGUCCAUUCUGGAAGCCUUUGUCAAGUCUUUUGAUUUUCGUGAAUUGCGAAUUGAUGAGGCAUUGCGCCUCUAUCUGGAGACCUUCCGACUGCCUGGUGAAGCUCCACUUAUAUCACUCAUCAUGGAACAUUUUGCAGAUCAUUGGCAUAAGAGCAAUGGGGAGCCAUUUGCCAAUGCAGAUGCAGCCUUCACCCUGGCCUAUGCCAUUAUCAUGCUGAACGUGGACCAGCAUAAUCGCAAUGUUAAGAAGCAGAACAACCCAAUGACAGUGGAAGACUUCAAGCGUAACCUCAAGGGAGUCAAUGGUGGAUUUGACUUUGAUCAGGAGAUGCUGGACAAGAUUUUCAUGUCUAUACAGUGAGUCUCUGAUUGUCUCUGUCUGUACUUAUUACCUUCUAUGUUAUGGUUUUCUACAAUCACUCCAACAUAAACCAUCCAACUACAAGGAGUCUAUGAGGAAUUGAAUAAUUCUAUCACUAGCUGACAUUUUCCUCCCAUAUUUCAUU